CAUAUGCAGCUGGAGCCAUGGGGCCCUCCAUGUGUACUCUUUGGUUGGUAGCUUAGUCCUUGGAAGCUCUUGUGGGGAGGUAUGGUUGGUAGAUGUUCUUCCUAUAGGGUUGCAAUCCCCUUCAGCUCCUUCAAUCCUUCCCCUAACUCCUCCACUGGAGACCCUGGGCUCAGUCUGGUGGUUGGUUGUGAGCAUCUGCAUCUGUAUUGGUCAUGCUCUGGCAGAGCCUCUCGGGGAACAGCCAUACCAGGCUCCUGUCAGCACGCACUUCUAUUUUACUUCAACUCUGAGCUAUCAGCCCAUUUGUCUCUUCUCCCUCAAAAGGGCCACACAUAGUCCACUGGCUUAUCCUCUCUUGAGACUUCUCUGUUCUGCCUUUCACCUCUCACUGGUCCGGUUGACACUCCUCCUUAGCACGGAAGAAUGCAGUGCUCUUUUCCUUCCCUGGCUUCAUACUCAUUGACACAACGCACUGUCCUUUCCCCACAGAGUUCUCCGUAUCUCUAGAACCUCAUUCGUGGGGUGCUUCUUCCCCUCCCCUUGUUACCGAUGAUUCUCUGUCUCUUAUGGGGCCUCUGGGCUUAAUCCGUGGCCCACUCUCUGCUAAAGUCUAUUCAGAUGUCACCAACCCCCAACUAUCUUGCCUAGGUCUUUAUUAAAUGUCAGCUCCACCCUUUUGUUCACCUACUUGACGGAUGUCUUCAAAUUAACACUCAAAACAAUGUCUCUCCUCCACUCCCCAAAGCAUUCCCAUUUGAAUGAAUAGCAACCCUGUCUUUCAUUUAUUUAGGCCAAAAGAUUAAUAUUUUGUAGCUUCUCGGUUUCCCCUCCACAUACACACAAGCCACAUCCUGUCUCUAAGCAACUGAUAGGUUGGUCUUUGCCUUUUUGAUGUAUCUAAUAAUAUGACCAUUUACCACAGCCGCCGUCACCCAAACUGACGUCAGAAUUUUACCUGGAUCGGGUGGCUACUGGGUCAGAUUCCUUUAACCUUUUCAAAUCCCUUUUCAAAACAGCAGUCAGUGGGCUUUUUACACUAACUAAUGCUACUUCAUUCAUAACCCUGCGGUAGCCAUCUCACCUUGACUAAGCGUGCAGCUCUCACCCACUUAAAUCCUCUCCCUCCUCUUUCAUCGAUGUUGACUCUCUGUUUCUUGAACAUACCAGACCUUUGUCCUGCAGACAACCUUGAGACAUCCCUCUUCACCUACUCUGUGCUUCCGUUUACCCUGGCUGCUUCUUGGACACCCAAUCUUUGCCGUGCUGGCGCACGCCUUUGAUUCCAACACUCCAGAGGCAGAGGCGAGAGGCUCUCUGUGAGUUUGAGGCUAGUCUGGUCUACAGAGCGAGUUCCAGGACAUUCAGGGCUCCCCAGAGAAACCCCGUAAACUCGCGCCUCCCUCUUGCUCCCUUUCUCUCGUUUUACUGUCGUCUCUUCCGCGUCUUGCUUCACAUCACGUUUGAUCUUGUUCAUUCUCCAUCUAGAAAUGUGCUUCCUAUCAAUGGUUGUUCUUGACUGUCAACCUGAUCAGAUUGGGAAGCACCUAGGGGACCAGUAGAUCCUCUGGGACUGUCUGCGAGUGUUUCCAGAGAGCGUUAACUAUGAGAGGGGACUCUCACUGUGUAAACAGUACCAUUCCACAACCUGGGUGGGCCUGGAUGGAAGAAAGGGCUGGGGACUAGUGCAUACAUUACCUCUCAUUCUUCUUUUAGGCAGCCCUAACCUGAGAUGCCGGGCUCCACCACACCCUACCCUCGUGGUUCUUAUCCUACCUAAUGCCGUGACCCUUUAAUACAGUUCUUUAUGUUGCAGUGAGCCCCAACCAUAAAAUUAUUUUCUUUGCUCCUUCAUGGCUGUGAUUUUACUACUGUUAUGAACCAUAAUGUGUUUUCCUAUGGUCUUGAGCGACAGAACCCUAAAGGGGUCGCGACCCACAGGUUGAGAAACACUGCCCUCCUGAGCUAGCCUGAAACCUCUGAGCCUGUGAACCAUAACUGUUUCCUCUCCUUAGGUUAUUUUGCUCAGGUGCUUUGUCAUGACAUCACGAAGUCUGAGAGACACACCCCAGGCAAGGCAACUGUUUGGUUUUUUUUUUUUUUUUCUGUUUGUAUUUUUAAUUUGUCUUUAAUAACAUGUAACACUACAGCUGGAACAGAGCAAAUAAUGACUCAGCGGAUCAUUUAAACGUCUAAAAUCUUUACUAGGUAAAAUGUUCAACAAAGACGGUGCUAGAAUGGCACUGCCACCUGCUCACGAAGAUGUUCCAAGUCAGUUUAGAGCAAACUUACAGAAACGCGGUAAGGAGGACCAGCACGGUAAAGAGGUGUGGGAGAGAAGUACUGGUCAUUUUGUAUGGGACCGUGCUCUGUAGACCAGGCUGACCUCAAUCUCAGUGAUCUUCCUGCUUCCGCCCAGUGGUUGCUGAGAUUAAAGGUGUGCGCCACGUCGCCCAGCCGAAGUUACCAAGACUCUAAAUUUCAGGCUGAUGUGCUGUCGCCCAAGGUGGCUUCUGCUCUUAGCACCCAAGGGCUACUACCUUCAAGGCCUCCUGUAGGUCUAGCAAAACCUACAGAUGGAGGGACGUUAGUGAUGGUGACAGUUACUCAGGCACAAAAUAGAGAGUACAGCUGUGCUUACGUGUAGACGAGGACCAUUUCUUACAUAAUUGAUACCCUCGUGUUAACACUGUCUGGUAUGAGAAAUGUGUAGGUAACUCACGCGUUGGAAUUCUGUUUUUAUUGUUUGGGGAUUUAAAAACACUCUUUUUCCUCCAGGUCUUACCGUUCCUGCUGUUGCUGACACCAAACCCAUUUCUUUGUGUCUUUUGUAAAAAACCUGAAAAAAAGCCUCUUUGUUUUCCCAUUAGGUUACCUAAAAGCAAACAGCAGACUCCUAUCUUAACUUCCUAGGGUUUUGGCACAUGGUUGCAUGCAAAUACAGAUUGCAAACUUGGGCGUGUUGCGUUAUUCUAAAAACCCCCCUCCGGAGACAUAUUUGCAUAUGGAGACAUGAUUUCUGUAACUGAAUUCCCCAGUGGUUAGCACUAUCUAGACAAUUCUGCCUGCUCAAAACAGCCUGCAGCGACCUCUGAGCACCUAGGGAUACUCUUGUAGUAAUUGUCUUCUCCAGCGGAGCGACUUUCAAACAGCUGGCUGGAUGUUCGUCAUAUUGAAAAAUAUGUACACCAAGGUAAAAGUGGAACAAGAGAAUUGCUGUGGUCCUGGGCGCAGAAAAACAAGACCAUUGGCGACCUUUUACAGGUUCUCCACGAGAUGGGGCAUCAACGAGCUAUCCAUCUAAUCAUGAACUAUGGAGUAAACUGGACUCCUCCAGUGCAGACUCAUCACGAGCUUCGAUUUCCCAACUUACCACCUAACUCGAAGCCUGUGUGCAGAGAAAGUGACCCCGGACCUCUGGAGCUAGCCAAUGUCACAGUGGAUAAUGUUCUUGUUCCUGAACAUAAUGAAAGAGGAGUAGUACUGCAUAAGACCCCUAUCAGCUUCCAAAGUAUCCUAGAAGGAACCAAACAUUUCCACAAAGACUUCCUAAUUGGAGAAGGGGAGAUAUUUGAAGUAUACAGAGUGGAGAUUAGAAACCAAACAUACGCCGUUAAAUUAUUUAAACAGGAGAAAACAAUGCAGCUUAAGAAGCACUGGAAGAGGUUUUUGUCGGAACUGGAAGUUUUACUCCUGUUCAAUCACCCCCACAUACUAGAGCUGGCUGCAUAUUUCACAGAGAUGGAGAAACUUUGUCUGGUUUAUCCCUAUAUGAGCAAUGGGACACUUUUCGACAGAUUACAGUGCACAAAUGGCACAACCCCACUUUCCUGGCACGUUCGAAUCAGUGUGUUGAUAGGAAUAGCCAAAGCCAUCCAGUGCUUGCACAACACCCGGCCGUGUGCCGUCAUCUGUGGCAACAUUUCCAGUGCAAACAUACUCUUGGAUGACCAGUUCCAACCCAAACUAACCGAUUUUGCCGCGGCGCACUUCCGACCCCACCUAGAGCAGCAGAGUUCUACCAUAAAUAUGACCGGCAGCGGCAGGAAGCAUCUGUGGUACAUGCCGGAAGAAUACAUCAGACAGGGAAGACUCACCAUUAAAACGGACGUCUACAGCUUUGGAAUCGUGAUCAUGGAAGUUCUAACGGGCUGCAAAGUGGUGCUGGAUGAUCCAAAACAUGUUCAGCUGAGGGACCUCCUCAUGGAACUGGUGGAGAAGAGAGGCCUAGACUCCUGCCUCUCGUUCUUGGACAGGAAGAUACCGCCCUGUCCUCGGAACUUCUCUGCCAAGCUCUUCUCUCUGGCGGGCCAGUGUGUGGCAACUCGGGCCAAGUUAAGACCCACGAUGGACGAAGUCCUGAACACUCUGGAGAGCACACAGCCUAGCUUGUAUUUUGCAGAAGACCCUCCCACUUCCUUGAAGUCCUUCAGGUGUCCUUCUCCUCUGUUCUUGGAUAAUGUUCCAAGUAUUCCAGUAGAAGAUGAUGAAAACCAGAAUAACUAUCCAGUACCUCCCAAGGAAGCUUUGAGGACAGAUAGAGUGACACAGAAAACCCCCUUUGAAUGCAGCCAGUCUGAGGUCACCUUUCUGGGCUUGGAUCGAAACAAAGGGAACAGGGGAAGUGAAGCUGCUUGCAACAUGCCCAGUUCUUCUUGUGAGGAAUGCUGGUGCCCAGAGCUUGCGGAAGCAUCCCAGGACUUAAGGCCUACUGUGAUCAGUUUGGGGUCUUCUUGGGAAGUACCAGGCUAUUCUUAUGGGAGCAAGCCAAUGGAGAAGAGGUGUUCCUCUGGACUCUUUUGCAGUGAGCACGAACAGUCCAAAAGGCAGUGAAUUCACCAGAAGAUAAAGCACAUAUCGCUAAAGGCACCUGAGCAAACAGCGUUACAUCACCGUGGAAAGACAGGGGGUCUGAGCUCUGUGAGUAAGGCCAAGGGACCAACGGGUGGAGAAUUUGAAUAGUGCAGAUUAGCAGCAAGGAAGUUUGUUUCUUCUCCAAACAGAAUGUCAAGAGAUGUUUUAUUCGGGUGACGUCUCUCAGUCAAAUCCAAGCUAAACUGGAGUCGAUCUGAGUUAUCCAAGAUUUUGGGUUCUGACUGUCGAAACCUAUCAAAGAGUGGCAGGAACCUUAAGUCGCUCUGUCAUCAUCUGAGUGAGACCUUUGUGUAGGCGACCAGAGAACCACCCACAUUCCAGAACCAGGUUCUCCCCAAGCCCUCUCCAAGUAAACAGCCAGUCGUUUACCGACAGCCAAAUGUGAUACAGUGCCAUUCUUCCUCUGCGCAUGCGCCAUGCCCUUUAUAAAACCGAGGUCUUCAGCCCCACCCUCUUUCUGUUCCAUCCUCGCUCAAAGGCAGCCUUUGGGCCUACUGGGAGGCCACCUCAAUAAAUCUCCCACAUGAGGUCUAUUGCAUGGUGUGACUUAGCAUCACUUGGUCCUCAGAUCGUUUCCACAAAAGCUAAGGAAUAAACAACAACAAAAACUCACCAUCGUUGCCACCAGCACUCAGUCAGUCUUUCUACUAGGGAUUGGAUGGUCUAUUGGCUUCCCACAGUCACAGGAAACGUUGCUCACAUGGAAAGGUGUAGGAAAUGUCUAAUUUGUAAGUGGUGACAGGAGCCUUUUGAAAGAAUUGUGAUUUUAAGUUGCUUCUCUUUUGUUGAUCGCUGGUUAACCCGUCAAUCUGGAAGUGAGCCAAGUCACCCUUGCUACGGCAUGUUCUGUGUGGAGAGGGAAUUCCAGUCCAAAGUCUGCAUUUCUGUACUUACAUUCUUAGAAGAGUUACCCGCGUUAUGCCAAUUGUUAUAAAAACUAUAUUUAAAAAAACACAGCGUUGUUGUUGUUUUAUUCAGUCAGAAACCCACUACAUCCUCAGUAGAAUGUUCGAGAUUUUAAUCAAGUCCUUUUGUGCCCUGGGAAAAGAUGUGGUCAUAAGAGGUCGGAUCACUUUGCAGUCGGCCCUGUUCUGUGCUCCACUGUAGGUUCUGUGAAGGAGCUCUCCUGCAGGGAGCCUCUCUCCCCUCAGCUGCUCCUCCUCACUGGAAGACUCGCAGCAUAAAUGAUCUCUCAGAAGUUUCUGUGUAUUUGUUUUGUGUUCAUCGCUUCCUGAAUUAUAUCAGAAUGGUUCAGGUCACCUGAUUUACUGGAUUACGAAACCUCGGCUUUCAUUUGCUGCCGUUGUGACAAAUGACCACAAAGCUAGCGGUGUGAUGCAAUCGUCUUCUACAACGUUCCAGCUCUGAAGGCUCGAGUGCUCCCCUCAGAGGUUCCAGGGAAGAAUCUUUGCCUUGUCUCUUCCGCCUUUCCUCCUGGACUGCUCAGUCUGUAGACUCUUCCAGCACCAUCAGAGCAGACAGAGCAUAUCUCCAGGCUGCACGCUCCCCCCUCCUCUUCCCUCCGGCUCCUCCCCACCUUGUUUCCAAGAUCUUCCUCUUCUCCUUUCUCUUAUUCCUGAUACACUGCUUCUUUCAACCUAGUGAUCGCAUUGGGUCCAUUCAAAGAGCUGAUGACGUUUUCCUUUUAUCAAGAUCCUUAAAUUACCAUGACUGCCUGUUAGUAUCAGAGACCAGCUUUGCAGGUGGCUGCAGAUCCCCUCCGAAUCCAGCGAUGAUGGUGACAUCACCCAUAGGCGACAGGGACCUGUGCAUCUGUUGCCAUGGCAAUCACCAUGCAUUCCCAGCAUCCAUUUGGUUUACCUCCCACCUUUACCUGCAAAUUGUUACGUCACAGCCUAAAUAAAAGGCAGACCCUUCCUGACCUUUGCCCCUUCUUCUUUUCUUUCUUUUCCUCCUUUGUCCCUGUCGCCCCCUUUUGUCCCCGCCUCCCACAAUAAACCUCUCUCACGUGUAACUGCA